AUGUCUAAAAUCUGUGAACAUCCAUUAUGUGCUCGUUUAAUAUCAGCAACAUGUUCAAAUCAUUGUCAAUUAGAUUUAUGUCAAGAACAUACAAUUGAACAUAAAGAUUUAUUUCUUGCUCAAUAUGAAAAAUCUUUUAAUAAACUUACUCAAUCAUUAAAUGAAAUAACUAAUUCAAUUGAAGAAUCUAAAAUAAAUUUUAAUAAUAAUUAUCAAAAAGAUAUUUUUCUUGUCAAUGAAAAUCACAAAAAUAAAUUGAAUGAACUCGAACAAGAAUUUCUAUUUGUUAUUUCAACACAAAAAUUAAUAAAACAAAAACUUCAACUUUUAAAUGAUGUUAAAAAUGGUCAAGCUUUUCUAUAUCAAUAUGAUAUUGAACAAAUUAAAUUAUAUGUAGCAAAUAUUCAUGAAUAUCAUCACGAUAAAAUCACAAUAAAUAAUAAUAAAAAUGACAUUGAAACAUCUUCUUCGAUUAAUUCUGACAUCGAUGCAAAUGUUGAUUAUUCUCAUAAAUUAAAUACUAAUAUAAAAUAUAAUAAUCUUAGACAUUUUUAUGCUCCAUGUCCUUUAACUCGUCUUGGCAUAUAUGGUUUGACCGCUAAACAUAAAUUACGUUUAUGUUCAUCAACGAGAAAAACAUCUGAUAUUUGUUUAUUAAAACAUUUUAAUCAUUAUCAUCAUUUAACAUGGACAUUAUCAUCGACAUUAACAAAAGCUAUAAUUAAUAAAUUAGAUCCUUUAACAACAUGUAUUUUUCAAUCUGAUUUACGUAUUAUUGAUCAGUAUUUUCGUCGUAUUCAAUGUCCAUUAAAUAAAAUAAAGUCUUCUAAUUGUAGAAGACAAAUUUUUAUAGGUUCAUUAAAAAAACAUUUAUUAAAAAUUCAUCAUUUAAAAUUAAAAACAUGUAAUAAAAUUACUGAAACAAUUAAAAGUAAAAAAGGAUUAAUUAAUAUUGAUUUUAAUGAUGAUGAUUUUAAAUUCAACGGCUAA